AUGAACCAUCACUCAGUUGUAUCACGAAAUUAAAAUUUAUUAAUGUUGUGCUUUUGUUUUUUUGGGUAUUAAAUGGAAAAUAAAUAUUUCGGGUAUAUUUAAUAUUGUUUAAUGCUCAUAAAUAAUAUGAAGUGCGGGCAAUACAAAAAUGUCGAUAUGUACGGAAGUUUGAACAAAAUUCCAAUUUAGUUUACGGCAAAAAAUGAUCAAAAAGCUAUAAACACAAUACAAAACUAAUAAUUCUAAAUAAUCCACAAGCAUAAUGGAUAAAAAGGCUUCAACUUCUUCACAUCCACAUAUUCUGAAGAAAAAACAUUUUCGGGUCAAGCAUCAAAAGGUUAAACUUUUUCGUGCUAAUGAACCUAUACUCAGUGUUUUUAUGUGGGGCAUAAAUCAUACAAUAAAUGAACUGAGUCAUGUAAAUAUACCUGUGAUGCUUUUGCCCGAUGAUUUUCGGGCGUUUUCCAAAAUUAAAGUUGAUAAUCAUUUAUUUAAUAAAGAAAACAUGCCAUCACAUUUUAAGGUUAAAGAAUAUUGUCCUUUAGUAUUCCGAAAUUUACGUGAACGUUUCAGAGUCGAUGAUGUAGAUUAUCGUGAAUCUCUAACACGUUCACAGCCAGUGCGCAUUGAAUCAUCGGGCAAAUCAGCUGCACAAUUUUAUGAGAGUUACAACAAAUUUUUCAUUAUAAAAAGUUUAACAUCUGAAGAGAUUGAACGAAUGCAUGCAUUUCUUAAACAGUAUCAUCCCUUCGUCGUUGAACGUCAUGGGAACACACUAUUACCACAAUAUUUGGGAAUGUACAGAAUUACUGUAGAAAGCGUUCAAUAUUAUUUUGUGGUGAUGCGUAACGUAUUUAGUUCUCAUUUAAUAAUUCACAAAAAAUUCGAUUUAAAGGGUAGUACAGUAGAUCGAGAAGCCUCAGAAAAGGAAUUGGAAAAACAUUUACCCACAUUCAAGGACAAUGAUUUCAUGAAACAAAAUGUUCGCAUUGAAAUUGGCGAGGAAGCAAAAACCAAACUUAUGGAUAUAUUAACCAAUGAUGUUGGACUGCUAACAAAACUCCAUAUUAUGGACUAUUCGUUACUAGUGGGCAUACACGAUUGUGUACGUGCCGAAGAGGAAGCUUUACAGGGUGAAAACUGUCAAAGCGGUGCUGCUGGGCGUAGCGAAAACAGCGAAAGUGAUGAGUGCGAUAGUGGCGAAAGGUGGACUUAUAACACUCCUCCCGAUUCGCCAAGAGGUGCCCAGUAUAAGGAAGUUGUCUACGAGGUUGAUAUGUAUGCCAUUCCAAGUAUUGAAGAAAGACGAGAAAUAUAUUUUAUUGCAAUAAUUGAUGUCCUUACUCAAUAUGGUGUUAAGAAACAGGCUGCCAAGGCUGCAAAAACGGUGAAGUAUGGCAGUAAUGUUGAUGGUAUUUCAACCUGUGAUCCUGAACAGUAUGCCAAAAGAUUUCUUGAAUUUAUGGAUAAAGCCAUAGAAUAAAAUAUGUUUACCUAAUUGUCAAUAUUUAUAAAUCUUUACUAUAUAAUAAACAUGCAAAAUAUAUACUACUUGCUAUUAAAAAUUUUCAA